CCAUGCCUUACCGAUUCCCGUAAUGGAUUACAAUCAUUACAUUUAUUUGCCUGUCUUUUUUAGCAGUAUAGUUUGAAACACUUGAAUUGUUGAAGGCAUGAAGGAUAUUUGCAGGGAACAUGCUCGCCUUUUGCUGCACAACAAGUUUGUUGUGAUUCUAGGGGACUCAAUUCAGCGUUCAGUUUACAAGGAUCUGGUUUUGCUGUUGCAGAAGGACAGCCUUCUUACAGUGUCUCAGCUCAGAGCCAAGGGAGAGCUGAACUUUGAGCAAGACUUCCUGGUGGAAGGUGGGAAAAUCGGUGGUCUGACCAAUGGGACGGAGUACAAGGAGGUACGGCAGUUUCAUUCUGCCCAUCACCUUGUCCGCUUUUACUUCCUGACCCGUGUUUACUCAAACUACGUGGAGAGCAUCCUGGCAGACUUCCAGGCAGGGCCACAACCAGAUGUGCUGAUUGUGAACUCCUGUGUGUGGGAUGUGUCCAGGUACGGCGCGAGCUCCAUGGAGGAGUACAGAGUGAACCUGGGGAAAUUCUUCACCCGCCUAGGGGAGGUGCUGCUCCCGGAGUGCCUGGUCAUGUGGAAUAUGGCCAUGCCUCUCGGCAAAAAGAUAUACGGGGGCUUUCUAAUACCUGAGUUACAGCACCUGGACCAGUCACUGCGUUCCGACAUCAUCGAGGCAAACUUCUACAGCGCUACGCUAGCAGACUCGCACAAGUUUGACGUGCUGGACCUGCACUACCACUUCCGCUUAGAGCUGCAGAACCGCACCAAGGACGGAGUGCACUGGAACCAGCUCGCUCACCGCAAGAUCACCUUUCUCCUCCUGGCACACAUAGCCGAGGCCUGGAACGUGGCGGUGCCGGACAGCAAGAGGCCAAAACUGCUUCGUAAUGAGAACAUUGAGUACAGCCCUGCUGCACGCCAGCAUUGCAGCAGAGAAGCGCUCCAGCCUUACAUUUAUAGCAGUCCUGAUGCAGAACCUGCAUGGAGGCCGAACUCAAAUUACCAGAAUCCUCCCUGGAAGGCCUGUGAUGGAGGUUCAAAUAAAAGAUUUCAGGACGACUCCCCGCUGAUCAGUAUGUCUGCUUCUGACAUGGGCUUCACCACUGGUUACAUCAGCUUUGAGGAGCACCACAGCAACCAUUACAACAGAAGCAACACCAUGAAUGAUCCACAUUUGGGUGGGAUGUCUGUGUAUAAUGAUGCUCCUUACUCGUCGGCUGCCUAUGAAAACAGAAGUAAUUCUGUUAUGAAGCAACGCCCUGUGAAGAGAUACUGUCCUCCAUACAAGAGGCCCAAAGCAAAGCCCUAUUAUAGAGACUGAGUCCUGGAGAGUGCACCGAGCAACACUGGCAGGGCAAGAACAUGGCAUUCUUUCCUAAAUUUACUUCUUUUUCUAAAUUACAUAUAUUCAAAACAAGGAAAUAGUUUUUGUAACUGUUGCUAGAAUGAUGCGCCUGUUAGGGAGAUGUAAUAAUGUUUUUGUGUUUUAUAUCUGUUUGUUUGAAUUUGAUCACUUCCAGAAGUUGGAUUUCAGAAGUUCUUUUGUAUGUUAUUUUUGGUUGGUUAGAGCUAAACGUAGUUGAUCGUUUAGUCCUGUCCUUGUUUUUAUGUAUGUUUUUGUAAUGGUUAAUAAAGUACAUUUUGGGUUAAAAGCUGAAAGCCUUUUUCUUCGUUGGGUGGCUAGUAGCUUCGUGGUCAGAGCUCAGGCUCUCGAGUUAAACUGUAACUUGCGUGGUAAGGUGUCAGGUGAAGUCCUGGAAGGGUGGUAUAUUGGAGCGCAAAUUCUGCAAAGCCCCUGUCCUUUACGUAUGUGGUGAUGAGGUUACAAGGAAAUGUAGUCACAUGGUUUUAAUAGUGGACAUUCAUUAAGCUACCUUUUGUAGGAUGCAGUGGGUGGCAGGACAGGUGCUGCUCAAUCAGGAUAAUGCUUAGCACAUGCAGCUUGUUACCUUUGUGCAUAUGUAAGGCAGUCUCUAGCCUCAUUCUGGUUGGGGAUUUGAGGAGUGAAACUUGUGAAUCUGGUGUUUUUGUGAGUGAAACAGUUUGUGGCUGAAGACAAAGAAAGGAGUAUUGACUUGUGCAGGAAAGCCUCCUUCCUGUACCUGUUUUGUGUGUGACCUCUAUUGAACUACCACCUUAAUUAAACAAUUACAGGUGUUUCCCUAUUGAACAAAACCCAUGUUUUCCCUUGCAACACUGGAAUGUCAUGAAUGUGGCAAAGCUACCUCACUUUGUCAGUUUUUCUUUUUUUUCCUCAUUUGGGAAACUAGAAAACAUGAAAAUAAAUCUAAUUUAUUAAAUUCCCUUUCAAACAAAGAACUUUAAUUUGAGUUCUUAAGUUUAUUUUUUAUAGAACAUUUCAAAUGCCACGUAAGAAAAGAUCAUAGGUGCAGGGUUAGCAAAACAAAUAACAAAUGGGUCAUUCUAACAGGUGCAGUAAAGGGGUAUACAGUCCCUCUGUCAUGCUUUCAUAUAUAAAUAUCUUCAGAUAACUGAUCUACACAACUAAGGGCUUUUCCAGUUGUGGAGUACCAGAAUCUGGGCCUAUAUGUUUGUACAGUACGUACAUAGUCAUGUUCGUCAAUGUUUUAAUGUCUCCAAUUUUGAAUUUAAAGCACUUUAAUAAAUGUUAUUCUGUUCUUCCUUUCUGACCAGUGCCGAUUUAUUUAAACUGAUAAUUUAGGAAUGAACAGGUAAAUACAAUGAAUAAUUCAAGUCUUUUGUCAUUUAAGAACAGGGAAUGUUUUGCAGCUCAUUCAUACUCCCCUGCAUUAUACAUAAAAUGUGCAAUAAAGAAAACUAUGCUCCACACUUGUCCUUGACCAGUAAAACUUUAUUAACUGGAGGGGACCAGUGACUGGUCUGGAAUACAGAGUAUAGAAUGUAAUUCCUCUGCACAUGCACUCACUAAAGCACAGGACUGGAAAGAAGGGAAAUCCGUCACACAAGGUACUGCGUAGGGCUGAAACACUUCUUUCACAUCACCAGUAGGCUGUUCAUGGUAUCAACAGUAGUGUAGAGGAGAUUGUAAAGAGAAAAAAUGCUUUAUAAAUUUGUUGAUUUAAAUGUGUUCCUUACCCACUUGCUUCUAGCUGUAAGUAAUUAUAUGAUGUCUUGUUGGGACGUUCGUGGUGCACUUGCGUGUUGCAUGUGAAUAACUUCCCCUGUUCUGAUAAAAUGUAGCGCAGUGGGAUAUGAAUAAUUUAUUCGGGUUAGGUAAGUUUUCCAUCCCCUCAAGUGGAUAUUCCCAUAGGUUUGCCAGCCACGCAUAGCUAAUUGCCUUCAUUGUAAAGGUAUAACCACUGUGCAACAAGAUUCCUAUUUUCACUGUUCAUAGUCAUGAAACAAAAGUCAACUAAAUAAUAUACUGAGCAUCAAAAGAAACGUAUCACUUACAUUUGGAUAAAAUUCACUAAAUGUGACCAAAAAAUGAUAAACUCUGUUUUAGAGCAGGUGCAGUGACUUUUUAUUGUGCAGAUUGACAAUUGACAUGAAUAUGCUGCAAAAUGAUCUAUCUUAAGCAGGUCUUACUCUUGGUCUCCCGGUUCAUGGCCUGUCCUUGACCGAG